AUGGCUUCCUACUCGCAAUACUUGACCAAGGCUCAGGAGGAUGAGCUUCGCUCCAUCGCCAACGCCAUCAUUGCCCCAGGAAAGGGAAUCUUGGCUGCCGAUGAGUCGACCGGAUCAAUGGAGAAGCGUCUCACCAGCAUCGGACUCGAGAACAACGAGGAGAACCGUCGCAAGUACCGUCAACUCCUCUUCACCGCUGGAGCCGAUCUCAACAAGUACAUCUCCGGAGUCAUCAUGUUCCACGAGACCUUCUACCAGAAGACCGACGACGGAAAACCAUUCACUGCCCUUCUCCAGGAGCAAGGAAUCAUUCCAGGAAUCAAGGUCGACAAGGGUGUCAUUCCAUUGGCUGGAACCAUCGGAGAGGGAACCACUCAAGGUUUGGAUGACUUGAAUGCUCGUUGUGCUCAAUACAAGAAGGACGGAGCUCAAUUCGCCAAGUGGAGAUGUGUUCACAAGAUCUCGUCGACCACCCCAUCGGUCACUGCUUUGAAGGAGGUUGCUCAGGUUUUGGCUAGAUAUGCUUCCAUCUGCCAACAGAACGGAUUGGUCCCAAUUGUUGAGCCAGAGAUCCUCCCAGACGGUGAGCACGACUUGGCUCGCGGACAAAAGAUCACCGAGACCGUUCUCUCGUACGUCUACCACGCUCUCAACGAGCAUCACGUUUUCUUGGAGGGAACUCUUCUCAAGCCAAACAUGGUCACUUCUGGACAAUCGUUCACUGGUGAGAAGCCAUCGAACGCUGACAUCGGAUUGGCCACUGUCACUGCUCUUCAACGUGGAGUUCCAUCCGCUGUGCCAGGAGUUGUCUUCCUUUCCGGAGGACAAUCCGAAGAGGAUGCUACUAAGAACUUGAACGCCAUCAACCAGGUCACCGGAAAGAAGCCAUGGGCUCUGACCUUCUCUUACGGACGUGCUCUUCAAGCAUCGUGCCUUGCCAAAUGGGCCGGAAAAGACGAGAACAUUGCCGCCGCUCAAGAAGUCCUUCUCCAUCGUGCUCAAGUCAACUCACUAGCUUCCGUUGGAAAGUACACUGGAGACGCUUCUGCUGACGCCGCCGCUUCUCAAUCCCUCUUCGUCGCCAACCACGCCUAUUAA